GGGCGCCGAGGCGCCGCCUUCCUGCCGCCGCGGCUCCUCCUCCGGCCGGGCAAUAUGGUGGCGGAGGCGGCGCAGGGGCAGCCGUGAGCCGCAGCUGGUGCCCGCUGCCCCCGCUGCUUGCGCGUCCCUACUCGGGAGCGGGCGGCCGCCGCCGCCUCCCGGCCCGCCCCGCGGUCUGCCCGGCGCGGCGCGCAAUGCGGGCGGCGGCGCUGCCCGGGUCCCGCUGAGCGCGGCCGCUGCCCAUGUGGGUGUCUCGGUGAGGCCGGGGCCGGCGGGACGAUGCUGCUGUCGCUGGUGCUGCACACCUACUCCAUGCGCUACUUCCUGCCCGCCGCCGUGAUGAUGGGCACGGCGCCCACCUACGUGCUGGCCUGGGGCGCCUGGCGCCUGCUCUCCGCCCUGCUGCCCGCCCGCUUCUACCGCGAGGUGGACGACCGCCUCUACACCCUCUACCAGAGCAUGGUGCUCUUCUUCUUCGAGAACUACACGGGCGUGCAGGUAAUAAUCUAUGGGGAUUUGCCAAAAAAUAAAGAAAAUGUAAUAUAUUUAUCAAAUCAUCAGUGUACAGUUGAUUGGAUUAUUGCAGACAUGUUAGCAAUUAGGCAGAAUGCUCUCGGGCACGUCCGGUACGUUUUGAAAGAUGGGUUAAAAUGGCUUCCAUUGUACGGGUGGUAUUUUUCACAGCAUGGAGGAGUCUAUGUAAAAAGAAGUGCCAAAUUCAAUGAAAAAGAAAUGAGAGAUAAAUUGCAGGCCCAAGUGAAAGCUGAGACUCCGAUGUAUUUAGUGAUUUUUCCAGAGGGGACUCGUUACAAUCCAGAAAUACCAAAAGUCAUUGCAGAUAGUCAGUCAUUUGCUGAAAAGGAAGGACUUGCUAUAUUAAAACAUGUGCUGACACCACGUGUGAAGGCAACUCAUGUAGCUAUUGACACAAUGAAAGACUAUCUGGAUGCGGUGUAUGAUGUGACUGUAGCAUAUGAAGGUACUGUGGACCACAAAGGGCAAAGAAAACUGGCACCAUCUAUGACAGAGUUUCUUUGCAAGGAAUGCCCAAGAGUUCAUAUUUUCAUUGAUCGAGUUGAACUGAAGGACAUUCCAGAAGAGCAGAUGUAUAUGAGAAGGUGGCUUCAUGAACGUUUUGAAAUAAAGGAUAAGUUAUUAAUAGAGUUUUAUGAUGCAAAGGAUUCUAAAAGAAGAAAUAAGUUCCCCGGAAAAGGUGUUCAUUCCAAAUUAAGCCUCAAGAAAACUUUGCCAUCUUUGCUGUUUUUAGGUGGCCUGACUGCUAGUAUGCUUCUGACAGAAUCUGGAAGGAAACUUUAUGUAAAAACAUGGAUAUAUGGGACUUUAAUUGGCUGCCUGUGGGUUAGCAUUAAACCAUAAGCAGAUGUUAGUCUCCAGUCAGUGAAAUGUGCUGUCUUUUCUUGCACAUUGCACCAAAAUUUUCCUGAAUUUAUAGUAAAAAGAGUGUAAAUAAAGCCUUAUUGAUUGAACAUUGGAAAUAAUAGAAUUUGUGACUUAAGCCUCUGUGUCGUUGGUCUGGAGAAAAUACAUGUAGUUUUUUAAAAACUGAUACUGAUUUUUGCUGGAAGAAUGACAGAUAAACCGAGUUACAUGACAAAUUGUUUUUCCUAUGAACUAACAACCAUCUCUAUCUGCAAAAGACUGAUGAAGUAUGAGUUAUGCAUAAGGGAGUCUUAAGUGGACCUGUGAAUGUAUUUACAGAGAUUAAUUUAGGGUAUAUAUUUAUUCCUCUGAUAUUGAUGUUGAAUUUUUGUUACUCUUUGGUGCAUUGCAGCAGCUCAGUUGCAUCUAUCCCAGCUGUAUCGCAACUAAAAUCAAACUUUUUUUUUUUUUUUUUUAGAAUUCUGCUUUUCAGUUUUAGAUAAAUACUUUGUUCUUUAAAAGGGACUACGUAAACUGGCAAAUCAUGAGAUGUUACGUGAGUCAGAAUAAAAUGUUCCUGAGAACGGCUGUUCAUGGGGAAGAAGUUCUGUUUAUCUAGUGCAUGAUCUUUUGAUUAUGUUACAAUAUUAGCUGAUUAUUUUACAUAUGCAAAACAUUAAAUUUUACUCAGCAAACAGCUUAUUUUGCGCACCCUGUAUUUGUGCGUAAAAGGAAUGUAUGCAGUAUAAUGAAAUGUUAACUUUUUAAAUGUGGCCUAACCAGACUGUAGCCUACCUUGUUGUCUGAGUUGUCAAUGGCUUGUUGAAAGUUUCAGCUAAGCUAAUAGAACUGUAGUGUGUAUGUGCCAUAAGUAGCAGUGAACAUUCAGAAGUUUCCUGUUACCUCCUGUUAUCUGGAAGCAAGCUUACCUAGUUUUUUUAAUGUAUAGAAUUACUACAACUUCAGGAGUAUGGGUUAUGGUAACAAGGAACAUUCAGAGUUCCUGCUAAAUCUGAAGCAUGUGCCUUUUCCUACUAACCUGAUUUACCCUAAUGUUUCACAAUCUGGAAAUCAUCUUAGUGUUGUAAUAUCACACUAGAUUUUCAAAUCAUUGUAGGUGAUGCAGACUUCAAUUGGACUGAAGUUAUGGGGUUGAUUAUAUAUGACUUGCAUGAUAGACUAAUAGUGAAAGAAAUGCAUAUCCUAUCAGUAUUUCACCUGCUUGAAAGUAUACUUUAAAAAACAAAAUCAGCAAACCCUUAUUAUCAGAAGGUCCGUGAUUCCCAUGGCUGAUAUAUUUGUUGGGGAAAUGACAUUUCCUGAUAUAAAGGGAAUAGUCUAUAUACAGCAGUGGGGUAGGAAGGAGGAUGUAUUUUAUCUUCUUUCAUUAGAGAAUCAGACUCUAUGUAUCAAAAUGAGAGAACUAGAGAAUAUUUUUAUACUGCACUUCUAAGCUUUAAAUGUGUAUCUCUUUUUAGCUUCAGUGGGCUUUGUCUUGCGUUAGAGCCCAUUAAUAGUUACAAUGAUAUGUCUCUAAAAAUCGUAACUCCGUUUUUCAGAUUCCACCAUUGCCAGUUAAUUAAAGAUACUGCUUUUACUGUGUGUUUUUUUCAUAUAAUUUUGUAGAAUAAUUACAGCUCCACCUUAAAAAUCUUUCAGUACAACUUUCAGUUUGCAGUUCUGCGUCCUUCCAUAAUAGAUUUUUGUCACUGGAGUUAUUUAUAUCAGUGAUUGAUUCAGGAUAUGUUGAUGAACCAUGUUAAAAACAAUGACUGGGAACAAUGUUGAAAAACAGUAUUGUUAUGAGGCUGUGAAACCAGGAAAAAAAAAAGCCAUUUUAUGUAACAGCCAAAUGUGCUCCCAUAUAAUUCUUCCUAUUCUCAGCUGAAUAUUUCCAGUGGGUAUGACCAGAAUGCAACGUUCCUAUGUUAGUUUUGUUGAUUUUUUGAAUCCUGGAAUGAAAUUUCACUCUGACAUGAUUGAAUUUCUUUGUAACAAUGAAGAGUAACGUUUAAUCAUACAUCAAAAAUAAAUGCCAACUGCUUAACUCAUUUGUAGAAAAAUAACUGCUGUUUUGGAGAACCUAAUUACCACAAAAUGUUGGACCUCUCUUACUGUUUAACUACUGGGAAUAUAAUUGACGCAAUGCAACAAACCAACAGGAUGUUUAUUUUGAACAUUACUCUCCAUGUUAAUCGUAAACAAUUUUGGUUUUUUGCAAUUAAUUUAUAAAUUUUUGAAACUGUAAUUUGCUGGUGUAUUUGUUAUUGGGAGUAUUACAUGCUAUUUCUUAAUAUGAACUCAUAUUAAUUUGAAAUAUUUCUUCAUUAAAAGGAGAAGAGCCAGUGCUCAUUCAACUUU